AUAUGCUGUUCGGGGAGAAAAAGGACUUUUGUUAGAAAGGAGAUUUCAGAAAUGGUUUUGGAUCCUCUAGAAGUGUUUUUAGAGUUCUUGGGGACAGUAGCUCUAACCUUGGAGUAAGUUUCUGCCUUUGACCUGCAUGGAUUAUUUUUUCGGGCUGCGGAAUUUCUCGGCACCUAGCUGCAGUGUGGGGCACUUGGUUUGGUUGCAGAGUAAGAAGGUGGAAGAAUGAGCUGUACUUGGUUAAGCAGUUGAAACCUUUUUUUUGAGCAGGAUCUUUAAAAGCAUAAUUGAAUUUGUUUCACCCCCGUGGAUUCCAGUGGGCCUGACAGCACAACAGUGGCUCGAGAACUUGAUGCAUAUGGAAGACCAGCACCAAGUGAUCUGACAUAAUUAAAAUUCAGGAUGUGACAUUCAACCUCAAGCAAAAUUGAAAAUUCCAAAGAGAAGCGGCGAUAUCUUUACUAAUCAUAGUGAGGAUGGGAGAAAAUGACAUACCUGAAGCAGAAGUAGGCUGAAAAUACCUUCUUCCCUGCCAGAUCAGGAAUACCACCUGUUCUUGGGAAUAUACUUUAGAGAAAGGAAGGACCAGAACUACGACUCGGCUUUCUGAAACUGAAGCAUAAGUUUCUUUUCCUCCGUUUGUCUGGAUCUAGGGACCUGUGUUUGGUAUUAGCUAGUGGAAGCAGUAUGUAUGGCCGAAGUGCAUUGCUGCAGCUGGUAGCAUGAGUGGUGGCCACCAGCUACAGCUGGCUGCCCUCUGGCCCUGGCUGCUGAUGGCUACCCUGCAGGCAGGCUUUGGACGCACAGGACUGGUACUGGCAGCAGCAGUGGAGUCUGAAAGAUCAGCUGAGCAGAAAGCUAUUAUCAGAGUGAUCCCCUUGAAAAUGGACCCCACAGGAAAACUGAAUCUCACUUUGGAAGGUGUGUUUGCUGGUGUUGCUGAAAUAACUCCAGCAGAAGGAAAAUUAAUGCAGUCCCACCCCCUGUACCUGUGCAACGCCAGUGACGACGACAAUCUGGAGCCUGGAUUCAUCAGCAUUGUCAAGCUGGAGAGCCCCCAGCGGGCCCCCCGCCCCUGCCUGUCACUGGCCAGCAAGGCCCGGAUGGCGGGGGAGCGGGGAGCCAGCGCCGUCCUCUUUGACAUCACGGAGGAUCGAGCUGCUGCUGAACAGCUGCAGCAGCCCCUGGGGCUGACGUGGCCAGUGGUGUUGAUCUGGGGUAAUGAUGCCGAGAAGCUGAUGGAGUUUGUGUACAAGAACCGAAAGGCCCACGUGAGGAUUGAGCUGAAGGAGCCCCUGAUGUGGCCAGAUUAUGACGUGUGGAUCCUCCUGACGGUGGUGGGCACCAUCUUUGUGGUCAUCCUGGCCUCGGUGCUGCGCAUCCGGUGCCGCCCCCGUCACAGCAGACUGGAUCCCCUUCAGCAGCGAACAGCCUGGGCCAUCAGCCAGCUGGCCACCAGGAGGUACCAGCCCGGCUGCAGGAGGGCCCGGGCCGAGUGGCCAGACUCAGGUAGCAGCUGCAGUUCAGCCCCUGUGUGCGCCAUCUGCCUGGAGGAGUUCUCAGAGGGCCAGGAGCUACGGGUCAUUUCCUGCCUCCAUGAGUUCCAUCGUACCUGUGUGGACCCCUGGCUGCAUCAGCAUCGCACUUGCCCCCUCUGCAUGUUCAACAUCGUAGAGGGAGAUUCACUUUCUCAGUCCCUGGGACCGUCUCGAUCUUACCAAGAACCAGGCCGAAGACUCCACCUCAUUCGCCAGCAUCCCGGCCAUGCCCACUACCACCUGCCUGCUGCCUACCUGUCGGGCCCUUCCCGGAGCGCAGCGGCUCGGCCCACACGGCCUGGUCCCUUCCUACCAUCCCAGGAGCCAGGCGUGGGCCCUCGGCACCACCGCCUCCCCAGAGGCGCACAUCCCCGGGCUCCAGGCGAACCACAGCGCCUGGCAGUGGCCCAGAGCCCGUCUGCGCAGGGCUGGGGGCUGAGCCACCUGCGGUGCACUUUGCAGCACCCUGCCACCUGCCCCAUGCCCCCACGCCGGGCCAGGCCUCACGACAGCAGCGGGUCUGGAGAAAGCUACUGCACAGAACGCAGCGGCUACCUGGCAGACGGGCCAGCCAGUGACUCCAGUUCAGGGCCCUGUCACGGCUCUUCGAGUGACUCAGUGGUCAACUGCACGGACAUCAGCCUGCAGGGCAUCCACGGCAGCAGUUCUACCUUCCGCAGCUCCCUGAGCAGUGACUUUGACCCCCUGGUGUACUGCAGCCCUGAAGGGGAGCGCCGGCGGGAGGAGGCUCAGCCUAGCAUGACCUCUCGGCCCCGUUCUUUGGACUCAGUGGUGCCCACAGGGGAAACCCCGGUUUCCAGCCAUGUCCACUACCACCGCCACCGGCACUACCACUACAAAAAGCGUUUCCAGUGGCACGGCAGGAGGUCUGGCCCAGAAACUGGAGUCCCGCAGUCCAGGCCUGCCAUUCCUCGGACACAACUCCAGCCAGAGCUGCCUUCACCUGAUCCGCAAGCAGCCAGAUCCAACCCAGCAGCCCCGUCGGGACAGCUCCCCAGCCCACAACGGCCCAGGGCCCUCACCGAGCCAGCCCCUGGGCCAGCGGACGCCUCCAGCCCCAGCCCUGGUCCCAGCAGCCUCUUCCACUUGCAGAAAUCCAGCCUCCCUGUGCGACACACACAGAGGAAACGGCGCGGGAGUCCCUCAGAGCCCUCCCCAGCCUCUCGACCCCAGGACUUGGCCGCACACCGAGUGUGCCAGAUUUUUCCCAAUUAUGGCCCCAGCCUGGCAUAUCCUUGGUCUCCAGAGGCCCACCCAUUGAUCUUCGGACCUCCGGGCCUGGACAGGAGGCUGCUACCAGAAACCCCAGGCCCUACUUACCCAGGUUCACAGCCGGUGUGGUUGUGUCUGACUACACGCCAGCCCCUAGGACCAUAUCCGUCUGGGGAGGGGCCUUCCGAAUGGAGUUCUGGCACCCCAGAGGGUAGGCCAUGCCCUUACCCACACUGCCAGGUGCUGCCAGCCCAGCCUGGCUCAGAAGAGGAGGAGCUUGAGGAGCUGUGUGAACAGGCCGUGUGAGACGUUCAGGCCGAGCUCCAACCAAGAGUGCUCGCCAGAUGACUCAGGGCCCUACCUGGCACAGAGUCCUGCUCCUGAGAAAAGAAAGGACCUCAGAAAACACCCCUUUUCUUUGCCAUCCUUCCUGGAACCACUGGCAGAGGAGUGUGAUGGUGGGCGGCAGGAGGUGUUGUCUCCCGCUCCCAGCUCCAGACCUUGUCUGCAGAAGCAUCUGCAGUGCAGCAAGUCUGUGUCCAGCCAGGCAACCAGCUACCACUUGUGUGGGUUGGCUCCCCUG